CAUCAACCCGCAACUGCUCGGGUGGGAACAGCACCACCACCUGGCAAUACCUCGGUCAAUCAAUCGAUAAUCGAUAAUCGAUAGAAUCACCAGGAAGAUGGACAUUACCGACUUCAUCUUUGCUCACCGGGAGGAGACUCUUCUCACUGGAAAUUAUAAUGCUUACCAUGCAUACACAAGCCGGAAGCUGCACAAGCUUCAGAAGCGGCUUGGACAGACAACCCCCAAAGGCCGGAAGUACACUGCCAAACCUGCCAUUAGUGCAGAGGAUGUGAGCAAGAAUGUGGAAUACGUCCACAUCUUACUCACCAGCGCUGAACGAGCAUGGGCGCAAGCGAUGCACGAGAAGACCGCGCAUUCAGCAGAUCCGUCCGCCAAGGGGAUCGCUGGUGCUGCUCGGAGUCACAUCAUUGCACGACUAAACCGAGCUACCACCCAUGCGAACCACUUGGUCACAAUUCUGGAGGAUCAGGCAACUUCGGGGGCCACUGAUGUUGAUGUGCUAGAGGCACGCGCAUACUUGGCAUCCCUCUCGGGAGCGAUGUUCCUGGAGAAGCGCAAGUGGGAACAGUGUCUUCGAGAUUAUGCUAUUGCCCGAGUCAUCUACGUGGCUCUAGGCCAGCAGGUUAAGAAGGAUGCUUUCCGUGACCUGCUCUCUGGAACUGUCGAUCCCAGUCUCAGAUACGCUGCAUAUCAGAUGAAACUCCCUCGGUCUAAGCCUCUCCCGUCCUUGGCAAUCAGCUAUUUUCCUUCCGAUGCGACCAUCAGAUCUGAAGUUGAGAAGGUCGAUCCUAAUUGCUUGAAAGAGGAGGCCUCUGGAACACGGAGGACUGCCGAGGGGGAGGUACAGCAACUUCCUGAAACCAUCACCUGGAGAUCGCGGACGGUCGCACUCGAAGAUGCCACUAUCUCUCAGGCUCUCGCAUCUGCGGCUGCAGCGGAGUCCCGUCUUGCCGCUUGGCUAUCAGAGAGCGCCGGCCAGUCUGCUUCCCCAAAGGACAAGGCCGCUGCAUAUGACAGUGUAAUCAUUGCGAGUCAGGAUGCAGUCGAUGCCACAAAGACUGCAAUUGAUGACCUAGCAGCCGAGGGCGUCGAUCCUAGCGAUAAGAGGAUGCAGGCGCUACAAAUUACACGUACGGCAGUGAAUUACGGUUUGGUGGGAUGGAGAAUUGGACGUAAUCGCGUCUUGUGCGGAGAGCAUGAUGGUAUCUCCUUUGAAGCAGGCCCCGCCAAGCAGUUCAAGAAUGCUAAGGGCUCUGGGAAAGUGGAGGAAACGAUUGGCAAGAAACUUGGGCGACUGCGUGAGAGAGUCGUGCUAUAUGACUCCACCUUGCAGAGUAUCGAUUUUAUUCUGGAGUUACCUGGAGUUGCGGCAGACUCGACGUUCGUUCGCGAGCUAGACGCCAAGCGGAGCUACUUCCGCGCUUUGAGAUGCUUGACCAUUGGGCGCUCGCAUGGCAUUCUCGGGAAACCUACCAAUGCCCUUGCCCUGUUUUCGCAAGCCUUGUCUCUUACCACGGGAUCUGCGGAGUCUCUCCAGUCCUCGAUCAACGCGGAGGGUCCGCCGAAGCUGGACAUCUCACACACCCAGAUUUCCACCUUGGGGUCAACUCUGCGAGGCUUGGUGGCUCAAUACCGAGGCCUUGUCACUGUUGAGAAGCUUUCCGUCGAAGCGCAAGCGAGGUCGACUACUCAGCGUCCAGUGAUUGAGCGGUUGCAUGAAUUCUCCGGCGAUGCCAUUGACCUGAAGAAUGUCGUUCCGUUUCCGCUGCAGAUUCAGCCAGUUCCUGUUAAGCCUUUGUUCUUGGAUGUGGCCUGGAACUACAUUGACUACCCUCGUCAAAGCUCGGUAGCUCAGGUGACGCCGCAGGCCCAAGAAGAAGAAGCGACUACAGAAGAAAAGAAGGGCGGGCGACGCGGCUGGUUUGGGUUCGGUCGGUAAGGACGCAGCCAGGUGUUGGGUGGGAAUCUACACUUCAGUAGGACACACUGUUUGAUCGUUAGCUACAUAAUACCUUAGCCAAAGUGAAUAUGAUGUGAUGACUUGUUGC